ACCUGUGGCGCCGACCUUCCUAAGAGAAGCCGCGUGGGCCGGGCUUCACUGCGCAUGAGCAAGACCGCUGGUGUCCUGCUGCGGUGUUUAAAGCGGCUGCGUGCGGGACGGACGGCGCAUGCAGCGAUAAGUUGCGGGAUUCCGGCAGAAGUUGGUGCUCGGUGAAGUUGGCGGGCCGUGAACGCGCCCUCUUCCCGGUCUGUAGAAGAGGAAGCCCGGGGAGAGACCGGGGCCGUCGGCGUCCGGGUCGCGUGCUGACCCGGACUCGAUGCACGGCGGCUGCAUGACUGCAGAGCGUCUGCAGGGACCCAGAGCGCAGCCGCAGCCAUGGCCCAGACCGCGCAGGGGAAAGGCAGCAGCCCAGGAGCGGCGAGCGGCGGCGGCGAGGAGGAGAAGGACUCCUACUACGUGGAAACUCCUUACGGUUAUCAGCUAGACCUGGACUUCCUGAAAUAUGUGGAGGACAUCGAGAGGGGCAACACCAUCAAGAAACUGAGCAUCCAGAGGAAGCCGCGAGCGUCCCGGACCCCCCCGGGCCCCCGGGGCGCCCCCCGGGCUGAAUGGACCUCCACCGACUCGCUGUCCUCCUCCAACAGCGAUGACAAGCAGUCCCCGCUCCCCUUCCCUUCCAGACCGGCGGACGGCCCCCCUCUGACCCCCACGCUCUCCAGAGCGACCUGCGACGCCCCCUUCCACCAGCUCCCGCCGGGCGCCGUGGAGCAGAGGCUCCUCCCACCGCCCUCGCCCAGGUUCACUCCUCGCCACAACUCACAGGUGGAGAAGACGCUGAUGGAGACGCGCCGGCGGCUGGAGCAGGAGCGUCUGCUCCUGCAGCCGCACACGGAGGCUCUGAUGCCCCGCCGCCGCCUCGCCAGCUUUGGCGGCGUGGGCUCCAGCAGCUCGCUGUCGUCGUAUUCGGGGUCGGUGGGUCCGAGUCAGGCCCCGCCCACCAACGGACACCUGUCCAACGGAGAUUAUGGCGCCUACUUCCCGCCGUCUGUGGGCAGCUCCAUCCGCCACAGCCCCCUGAGCUCGGGCGUGGCCACGCCCGUCACCAACGUCAGCCCGCUGCACCUGCAGCAGAUCCGGGAGCAGAUGGUGGUGGCGCUGCGGCGGCUGAAGGAGCUGGAGGAGCAGGUGAAGACCAUCCCCAUCCUGCAGGUCAAGAUCGCCGUCCUGCAGGAGGAGAAGCGCCAGCUGGCGGCUCAGGCCAAAAGCCCCGCCCCUACUGGCUUCCGGAAGCGCUCCUACAGCGUGGGCAGCGCCGCUCAGAUGGAGAACGCCGCUGGCUAUAAGGAGGCGGAGCUUCACAUCAUGGAGCCCGAAGCCCAGGAGCAGCUGGACGAGCUCCGGCGUCUGACCGCUGAGGUCCAGGCUCUGGAGAAGACCACCAAGAGGAGCGGCGGGACUGAAGCCACGCUCCCACUCGAGGCUGUGGGCGGGGCUACAGACACGCAGCUGAAGGAAACACCUGAGCGGACUUGUCGGGAUGUGGGCGUGUCGACGGAGCGGCUGCAGACGCAGAGUCUGGGUGUGGGCGUGACGGAGGCCAUGCUGGGCGUGACCAGCGAGGCGGAGACGGAGAUCGAGCUCCAGCAACAAACCAUCGACGCUCUGAAGGACAAGAUCUACCGGCUGGAGGUGCAGCUGAAGGAGACCACGCACCAGAUGGAGAUGGGGAAGCUGAAGCUGGAGCUCCACGCCGCGGGGGGGUCGACCAGGAAGAAGGCCGACAAAGGUCUGAUGGUCCGGCCCGAGGUGUACAGCGUCUGCGUGGAGGCCAAAGUCCAGCUGCGCAGCCAGGGGGUGGGCGGCGACCUGCAGCUGGCCAAAGACCCAGAGACCCCGGCCGUUGGCGGGGCCCGCCUGCCCAGCACGCAGACGGUUUCUGCAGGCCCGCAGACCCCCAUGGACCAGUGGGUGGUGCGAGAGCGGGUGCAGGUGCAUGACAAGUGCGUCGGGAGGCGGGUGGAGACCUGCCACCAGCUGGUGGGGGCGGAGCUCAGUGUCUGUGAGGUGGGCGUGAACACGGAGGCGGAGUCCCGCUCUGUCGGCUGCGGGGACGGCCUGGUGGAGAUUCCCGUGAAGACGUUUGUGUCGCGAGGAACGGAGGCGGUUCCUGUCGGGAGGACGGACUCAGCCGUCAUGGCUGCCCCGCGGUCGGCCAGUCAGCAGACCAACACCGAGACCCAGGUCGCCGCCAAGUCCACCAACACCAACACGCCGGCUCUGACCGACUCCUCCACGGACACGCCGCUCUCGACCUGCGACAAGCACACCAACACCCCCCCGACCGAGACCAGGACCGUCGCCGCGGGGGAGGGACUCGUCAAAGACUCACUCAGCACCGCCAAAAUGCGCUCGGUCGCCGUGGGAACCGUCUCAGACGCUCCCGCUAACCCCCCCUCCGCUAAAACCAAAGAGUGUGGGGUGGGGCCGCUGAGCAUCAGCGACAACUUCCUGAUCGGUUUGAAGACCAGGAGCAUCGCGUGUGGCUCCGCCUCCCCCGUGGAGCCGGCGAAGAGCGAGGCCGCGGCGCCGCUCGGCGGCGUGGGGCUGGACCAUUACAUCGAACGGGUGCAGAAGCUGCUGCAGGAGCAGCAGGAACUGCUGGCGGAGAACUACAGCGAGCUGGCGGAGGCCUUCGGACAGCCGCACCUGCAGUUCGAGUCCCUGAACAGCCAGCUGGCCAGCACGCUGUCCUCCAUCAACUCCGUCAUAAAGUACGGCAACGCCGAGGACAUCCUGAAGCUGCAGGCCGACCCCGGCUCAGAGGGCGCUCUGCUGCUGUCCGCCCUGCAGACGGACUCGUCGGCGGUCCAGACGGCGGCGGACGCCUCCCCCCAGCAGCAGAUGAGUGCUGCUGAGCAGAAGAGGUGCAUGGACCUGCAGAUGUCCACGGCGCUUCACGGACAGCCGUCUGCUCACAACACGCUCAAGUCCAUUAUGAAGAAGAAAGACGGCCGACCCGAGUCCAACGGAACCAAGAAGAACCUGCAGUUUGUGGGCGUGAACGGAGGGUACGAAACUACGUCCAGCGACGAGUCCAGCUCGGACGACAGCAGCUCCUCUGGGUCUGACGAUGAGGAGGGAGACGAGGAGGAGGAGGAGACGGUUGGAGGAAAGGGGGAGGAGCUCCAGACUGAGGGAGGAGAGGAGGAGGAGCAGAAGGAGGACGAGGAGCGUUCUGAGAAGAAGGAGAGCUAUGAGCUCAGCGAGAAGAUGGCGGCGGCGUGCGGCGUGCUGAGAGCCCACCUGGACGACCCGAACGCUGUGAGCGGUAAAGAACUGAGGGCCUGCAUCAACACGCUGCAGCACGAGUGGUUCCGCGUCUCCAGCCAGAAGGCGGCGCUCUCCGUCAUGGUGGACGACUUCCUCAGGCAGUUCCAGGCCGUCUCGCCGGCCGUGCUGCGCUACAUCGUCAACAUGGCGGACGGCAACGGCAACACGGCGCUGCACUACAGCGUGUCGCACUCCAACUUCCAGGUGGUGAAGAAGCUGCUGGACGCAGACGUGUGUAACGUCAACCAGCAGAACAAGGCGGGCUACACGCCCAUCAUGCUCGCCGCGCUCGCAGCCGUGGAGACGCCCAAAGACAUGAGCGUGGUGGAGGAGCUGUUCGGAAAGGGAGACGUCAACGCCCGAGCCAGCCAGGCGGGUCAGACGGGGCUCAUGCUGGCGGUCAGUCACGGCAGGAUGGACAUGGUCCGGGCGCUGCUGGCCCACGGCGCCGACGUGAACGUCCAGGACGACGAGGGCUCCACAGCGCUGAUGUGCGCCAGCGAGCACGGACACGUGGAGAUCGUCAAGCUGCUGCUGGCUCAGCCCGGAUGCGACGCCACGCUCAGCGACGGCGACGGGAGCAGCGCUCUGUCCAUCGCUCUGGAGGCGGGGCAUAAGGACAUCGCCGUGCUGCUUUAUGCUCACGUCAACUUCUCCAAAGCUCAGUCCCCGGGAACGCCACGGCUCAGCAGGAAGACGUCGCCGAGCCCCACCCGGCGGAGCGUCUUUGAUUAGCCCCGCCCCCUCCACCGCUGCUUUCGUCUGCCUCAAUCCACCAAUGAGAUUCCAGCAGAUGUUUGCCCAAAGUGUCCUUCAGGCGUCUGCGGCCGUGGAGAUGCAGAUCCUCCUUUUCUACCUUCAGUCUGUUGACCAAUCAGCUUUCUGCCCCCCCUCCCCCAACUCUGUAUGUAAAGAGAAUCUCAGUAUUUGUCUCAUUAAUCCAUGAAGUUGAAUAUUUAUCAGAGUCUAGUUUGAACGCAGAGAUCCUUUCUUUGUACAGAUGCUGCUCUCUGUCUGCUCUCUGUAAAAUACGCCGUCUGUCUGAAGUUCUAGAAGGUUCUGCUGUCUGUCUGAAGUGCCUUCACUUUGCUUUGUAUCAAUAAACUCUAUUAAAGUCUAAAUCUGA